AUGACUCAACCGGAUCCAACGCCAGCAUUGUCACUUCCAGAAGGGUACACCUUUAGAAAACUCAAAAGCACCGACUAUUCAAACAACUAUUUAGAAACGCUCAAAGUGCUAACAAUAGUAGGCACGAUUUCGCAACAAGCAUUCGCUGAUUUGUUCCUGACUUGGGAAUCGCAGUCCAAUAUAUAUCAUCCGCACGUCAUCACCAACCCAGAGGGAACAGUGGUGGCCACGGGGAUGUUGCUUGUGGAAGCCAAAUUGAUCCAUGAGUGUGGUAAAGUGGGCCACAUUGAAGAUAUAUCCGUUGCUGAAUCCGAGCAGGGCAAGAAGUUGGGAAAUUAUUUAGUUCGAAGUUUAAGUCAACUUGCUCAGCAGGAGGGAUGCUAUAAAGUCAUCUUGGAUUGUUCCUUGCAUAACGUGGGCUUCUAUGAAAAAUGUGGCUUCAGUGAAGCUGGGGUGGAAAUGACUCAGAGGUUUUGAAGAUUUGAUCAUGAUAGACUCUUUUUUUUCUUUCUUUCUUGAUUAUUGAGUAUGGUAUAAAUUUAUACAAUUGUUUAGACGUCAUAGAUUAA